AUGACAAACAGUAAGAUGAAAGCAACCGAUACUAAAAACCAGAAUACAAAAUCAGUAAUUAAAAAGUAUAACAGUGUUUCAGACAAUUUUAUUAUUGCUUCUCCAAAAACAGUUAAAAAAAUACAUAUCUAUGAUUUUGAUAAUACUUUAUAUAAUUCACCAGCACCCAAUCCAAAUUUGCUAAAUAUGACUUUGUACAAUAUUAUCAAUUCACCUAAUCAUUUAGUUAACUCAGGUUGGUGGAGUGAAUCAUGUUUUUUAGAAGCAUCUAUUGAUGAAUGGUUGUCUUCUAAAGAAAAAGCGCAAAAAAAUGGUUUGUUUUCACCCACUGAAAAUGGAAACAUGGGAGAAGAAACGAUUAAUGUUGAAACUCUACAGGAAGACGACCAUUUACAAUCUAUGAAGGCUGAAAAUAUAACAAUAAUAAAUAGCAAAGAUCAGACACCAAUUGACAAUAUCACUGAUUCUACCAGUGUUCAUGAGCCUGAUACAUGUACUUGUGUUCGUUGUAAUGUUGAUGCUGAAUAUUGGAGCAGAAAUGUUGUUCAACUAUUGCGUUUGUCGUUAGCAGACCCUGAAACUUUAUCCAUUAUUAUGACUGGACGUAAAGAAUGUUAUUUUUCCAAAUUAUUCGAUAAGAUUUUAAGUAACCCAGUUUUUGGUGAAAAAAUUAGAGUUCAUGGUGUUUUCUUGAAAAAAGACGGAUUUGACUCUACACUUAAAUACAAGACUCAAGUGUUGCAUGAUUUAUUAGAACGCUAUUACAAAAAUGGAACAUUGAAGGAGCUAAUUAUGUAUGAUGAUAGAAUCAAUCAAAUCAAAAGUUUCAAAACCUAUUUAAUGAAUGCUGUUAGGGAUAGUUACCCUAAAUUAGUAUAUAACGUCAUUGCAGUUCCACCAAGCAUUAAAUAUUUGAAUAUAUGUGAAGAACGAUUAUUAAUUGAACAGAUAUUAGCUAAACACAAUGAUGCAGUUCUUCAAACAUGCAAAGAUGCCAAUGGAAAUGAUUAUUGUCGGUUUCAGUUAUGCGAAACUUUUUUGGGAACAUAUUAUCUAUUAACCCAAAAUAGUAUAAUGGAUGUAGUUGGAUUUACAGUCCGCAAAAUAGCUCAAGACAUGAAAAUCUUGGAUGUAUCUGAUUAUGCCUUUAAUCCAAUAGGAAUUUGUAUUAAAAUUGGUGGUAUAUUAAGCAACAAAGAAAUUGCUAAAAUUCUUGGGGGCAAAGAAGAUAUUGUAGAAGAAGAUUUAACUAAAGCAUAUUCAUUUUCUUCUUUUGCAGAAAAAUUUAAUUAUACCAAAGUAUUCAAAUGGAAAUUAGAAAAAUUUGGUAUCCAUAAUCAAACAAAUACUCUGGUUUAUGAAGUAAGUGCUGUCUAUGACAAAGAUACCAAGUAUAGACCUACUUUAUUUUCUAGUAAUGAGACUACUCCUGGAAAGAAAAUUUUAUUGGUAGUUGGUUCUAAAAGGAAAACUAAAUUGAAACUUGAUAAGGAUAAAGAUGAUUUAUGUAAUUUGUCCAUCAGGGUUAAAUAUUUAGAUCAAAGUAGAUCCUUUAAUUUUAAUCCACUGGAAAUGCAAGAUGAGAUAACUGAUUGGUAUGAUGUUUCACAAUAUAAUCAAACGAUUUCUACCAUUUUUGGACACGACUUUACGCUGAGUGUUAAGAAAAUUGAUAUUGAAUCAAAUACAAAUGGUAACGUUAAAACGAUUAAGCGAGUGCAUAGUAAUAAUCAAAAUGAAGAUAACAAAAAGAUUUAA